CGCUCAGUUUAGAAGCAACAUCACCAGCUUAAAUGCGCAGGUUUAUCUGAUUGUCUUAGUGGGAGCGCACGAGAUGCUCCUGAGCCCACUGUCACCGUAUUAACACGCGGAAAGCGUUUCGAGGACCAGCGACAAGCGUUAACAGUCACUAACAGAAAUAUAUCACACAAUAAGACUGUGAUACAGCAAAAUAGAAACUUUAAUUUGUUUUAAAAAAGGAAAAAAAAAAAAUCAACCAAACUAUGGCGGUACUCUUUGGUCUAGAUGUGUCGUACGUGUUGCCUGCAAUUCUGUUCACGCUUCUCGCUGUUAUUCUAGGAUCCUCGUUCUUCAAGAAGCCAAAGCCGUCCAAAAAGAAGGAGGAUGACUCCGCUCCCGUGGGACGCACUGAAAGAGUCGAACAUUUCCAGCCCAGGGUGGAGGUACCUGAAGUGGUGCCCAGUGUAGAACAUAAAGAAGAGCCUAAGGCAGAAGUCGCCGAGGAGAAGGUUGAGGAGAAGGAGGCUGAAGCCGUUGCCGUUGCGCCGGUGGUUGAAGAGAUCGGGGUCGUAGAGGAACAGCCUGCGAUAGAGCCCGACAUUCCCUCAGCCCCAGAGGAACCUGCCCCAGAACCGGAGGUGGAGACGGAGCCCGAGCCCGCCCCAGAGGAGGAGCCUAUUCCCGAACUCAUCCCAGGAACCGUCCCGGAGGACAUCGAGCCGGAAGCGGAAGCGGAACCGGAAGACGAAGGCAGUGAGGAGCACGACUUUCCCCCAAAGUACAGUCCUGGGAAGAAGCGGACCACCCAGUUUGAGGAGAUGAUGACCAAGGAGGAGCAGGAGGAAGAGCAGAGGGUGCAGCAGGAGCAGCUGGCCGCGAUCUUUCAGCUCCUGAGGGAGAACCAGGAGACGUUCGGCGAGGUGACAGAGGGGGACGUGGAGGAGCAGCUGAAACUCUACUCCUCCAUCUAGAGGGGGGAGCCCCCACACAGACUGUAAGGAGGGGGGGGGGGGGCAGGUUCACUGUCAUUACCCCUCCCGUCUCAGCUGUGCUCUUCCACAGGGACGGCAUUCACAGACCUCUCCUCUCUCUCCUUAUUUAGAGUGCUCGCCAUGGCGAUGAGGCCGAUGACAUAACGGACUGGAACUGAAUGUCAAAAGCAGAUGUUAUCUUGUCCCAUUUAGAACAGCUCAGAUUGCAGGCAGUUUGGCAUCAUUAGGGGGCUCAGGUUCAAAGAGUAGAAAGAGAGGAUUCGAGAAGUAGGGCACUCACUGCCGGAGACGGCCAGUAGAAAGGUGUUAUUAGGAGUAGGAUUAGUAUAGUCAUUGGAAGGGGCUUCCUUAAAAGGUAGGAUUGGUGAGGGUAAUGCGUUGCACAGAAUUUUCAAAUAAAUUACAGCCCUGGUCAAAGGCCCACUCAGUAAUUUUGGUUACUAAUCAUCUAAAAUCACGUUGGUACAGUUCCUUGGUGCAGAGUUUUUAACAUCUCACACUGGCGUUCUGAUAACCUCGGCAACAAGUUUGUUUAGGCUUCUGAGCCGCUGGAUGGCAUAACGCUACUGUGGCAAUGUCAAGUGCAUCUGAUGUAGUUAGUCGUGGUUUACUUGGCAAAACGUGAGCAAACUAGUCCUUCUCGAGAUCUUAACUGAUGGGCGAGUGACCAGGUCGCUUCCAUGGUGACGAGCUGUGCAAGGACUACAAAAAUGCUCAGAUAUCAAAGGACAAAGAACAAUGAAAUGCAGACUGAAGAGGAACAAGGAAGUGUGUCAUUUAACACACAAGUGCUUUUCAUAAGAAUUUUUAUUCAAAGAAUAAAUAAGGCUACACAGCGCUGUAUCUUCCUCUUUUUGCCUGUUGUAAACCAUUUGCAUUUUAUUAGCAACCAAAAUAACUGAGUGGUCCUUCGGGGUAUUUUAAUAAUAAUAAUAAUGCAUUUAGAUGACGCUUUUAUCCAAAGCGACUUGCAGCUAAUAAGACUAAGCAGGACACAGUUCCCCCUGGAGCAAUGCAGGGUUGCUCAAGGGCCCAGAAGCUGUGCGGAUCUUAUCGUGGCUACACCAGGGGCUUGAGCCACCAAACCUUCCGGGUCCCAGUCAUGCGCCUCAGCCGCUUGCCUACGGGCUGACCGACAGUAGCCGUUUACAUCUUACCGUAAAAAAAACGAAGGCAUGGUGUGCGAAGCCACGGCACUAAAACAGCUCGGGCGACGCCGUUACCCAGAGCGACAUGCGGGGGAGAGGUGAAGAACGUCAGCCGUCGCUCUCUCCGAGGGGUACAAGAACGCAGUGUCACCGACGAGGCGGAGGCCCCCCGAGUGUAACGUGAACCAAACAAACAAGGAUGAGCAUUGUAUUGUGACUGGAAAGUGUCGUGAGAAAUGUGAUAGGCCCCAGCCCUGUUCCUCCCAGAGGGCACACCCAUCGCAUGUACUCAUCUCCUGUCGCCAAUCAUUCUUACAUAAAGGAAGAGACCGUUUACAUACGGCCAUUUAUGAAGGAGUUGAAUAUCCAAAUAUUUGGCGCUCACAGAAGCUACAGCCUGUAAUUUAUUCAUGUGGGUGCGGUGGAAUAUUGUCUAGUUCACAUGCAAAUGGAAAUAGAAUUCCCUUGUUGUGAAAUGAGUGCUUGUGCAAUGAAUUCGCUCAGAAGAAUUUCAAUGUUUCUGCUUGUAAAAACUGUAUAUUAGGUAAACUUAGUACUGUGUAGACCACGGUUUCUUUUUCUUUCUUUCCUCAAUAAAGUACAAAGUCCACAACCCCACACUAGACC